UUGAAAAACAGUAAAAAAUGCUCCCAAAUUUCUGGAAUUUCCAGUUCAUUUUUGUCAUUUUCUGCUGGAUACCUAUUGUAGUCAGUGACGAAAAAAUUGUGUUGAAAAUCGGAAGUAUCAGCUCAAGAGAUAAUGCAAAAAUGUUGGAGAGCAUUUUGGAAAUGGCAAAAAAGAAGAUGACGGAGCAGGGGGUUCUGGGAGAAAAGUUGGAUAUUCAAAUAAUAACUGUGGAAGGAUGUGGGGCCUCAUUUGAAGGAGUGGCGGCUGCCGCCGAGCUUUAUCAUGUCCAGAAAGUUGACGCAUAUUUUGGACCUUAUUGCUCUAAAGAACUCUCCCCAGUGGCAACAAUGGCAUCCUACUGGAAUAUUCCCAUAUUUGCAUACACUGCAACUUCUGCCGAAUUUGCAAAUACCAAAGUCUACAAGACCCUUUUGAGAACAUCUUUUCAGUCACUUAACUCAAUUUCUGAAGCAACAGCAGCUUUUAUGGCUCAUCAUAAUAUCACCAAAGCAGCAAUUGUUGCGAAUAUUGGGACAGAUUCAUUCGAGAAAAUUCAGAGUCUGGAGAAGGCUUUGCGGAGCCGGGGGAUUACCGUAGCUCGGAGAGUUAUGUUUGAAGAAGCUGCCAGUGCACAGGAUUUAGUUGAUAAUGGAUAUAUGAAUGAGUUGAGGGAUAAUGCUAGAGUUAUCCUACCAAUCUUCUCUUCCACUCGAGACCUCUCCACAGUAUUCCGCAAUGCCACAUGGCUUGCAAAUAUGGCAUCUCCCGAGUUCAUCUACAUUAAUCCUCUAAUAGUGGCACGGAAUUCAGAGGAACCACCCGUUUUCUAUGGAAAAAUGGCACAAAAGUCAAUAAAAGCCGAGAAUCCAAAUACAAUUCAAAUUUACAAUUCCUAUGGAUUUUCGGAUGAUUUGCUCAACGAAUUUCUCGCAAUUUUCGAUCAAAACCAACGGAUUUAUAUUGAUGAGAAGGAUUUAUUUAAUUAUGUGGCACUUUAUGAGAGUUUUUGUGUUUUUGCAAAACUGACGGAGAAAUAUUUGCACAGUUUGAAGGAGAAACCAGAGGAUGGGAAAAUUAGAAUUGAUGGAAAGGCAUUGUGGAAUAUGGCGGUUGGAAUGACUUUUCAAGGAGUGUUGGACAAUGUGAUAUUUGACAAUGGAGCUGAAAGAAUGACGUCAUUCAGUGCGUUUUAUGUAGAUGAGAAGAGAGAUCAGAUUCGAACAGUUUCCCUCAUCAACUCAACAGUAACAUCGAAAAAUUGCAUGGACCCAGUUUGCAUUGAAUUGGUUGUCUCAGACGUGGUCACAAAAUUCUGGUCCUCUCCUUCUGGAAAACUUCCGGACUCGGAACCGGAAUGUGGGUUCCGAGAGGAAAAUUGCGACUAUACGCAAACAAUUGUAAUUGCUACAGCCGUGGUUUGUAUUAUCUUGACUGUUUUCUUGGGAAUAUGGUUGAGAAGAGCAUGUGAAACAAGUGCACUUGACAAAAUGCCAUGGCGAGUGUUCCGUGACGACGUUCAAAUUCUCGACGAGGAACAAGUAAAAUCAGUGGUCUCGCUGAACUCGGCAUCGACUAAAAUGUCACAAGUAGAGACAAAACUCAUCAAGAAUCAUGCAAUUGUCGGGGUUAAUACGCAUGCAGUGUAUGACUUAUAUGAGCAAAGACAGAACAUUAGAUUCACGAGAGAAGACCUCAUUUUGUUGACAAAGAUGAAACAAGCUGUCCAUGACAAUAUAAACCCGUUUAUCGGGGUCUCCUUCAACGAGAAAUCUGAACUUUUGCUUCUCUGGAAAUUCUGCUCCCGUGGUACACUGCAGGAUGUGAUCUACUGCGAGAAAUUUGCAAUGGACGAGAAAUUUCAAGGAGCUUUCGUCAGAGAUAUCACAAUGGGUCUCGAAUACUUACAUUCUUCACCAAUAGGGUAUCACGGGGGACUUGCAUGCUGGUCGGUGCUCAUUGAUAAGAAUUGGAUGUUGAAGCUCACUGAUUAUGCGGUUUGUGAUCCGCUGAAACGUUGGGAGAAGCAUGGAAGGAUCAAUUGUAAAGUGGACAAUGAGGCCGAGAAGCAGUGGCAGAAAAUGGCUAGUCUCUACGUCCCACCAGAAAUCCGCACAGCGAACGAGAAGAAUCGAUUGAAGAGGAUGGAUCAAAAAUGGCAAGGCCAGACAAUUCUGAAGAGGCAGCAAUCGGAUAUUUAUGCAUUUGGAGUGAUUAUCUAUGAGAUUCUGUUCAGAAGUUUGCCUUACGAUGAGAAAGUCGAUUUGACAGAACUUGCACAAAAAGCCGCCGAAGGAGAUAAAAUCCAAAAACCCUCAAUUCAACGGAACAAAAAGUUGAAUCCGGAUUUGAUAGCUCUGCUGCAGGACUGUUGGAGUGACCAGCCGGAUAUGAGACCGACGAUUCGACGCGUACGCCUGGCAACAGAGAUUGCGCUGAAAACAAAAGGAAAUCUUGUGGAUAGCAUGAUGAGGAUGAUGGAGGAGUAUGCAAACAACCUAGAGAAGCUUGUUGGGGAGAGGACUAAGUUGGCGGAGGAGGCUAAUUUGAGAGCGGAGAGGCUUUUGUUUCAGCUUUUGCCUAAACACGUGGCAAUUGAGCUGAAAGCCGGACGGACCGUUGCACCAAAAAUGUACGACUCGGCAACAGUGAUGUUCAGCGAUAUUGUGGGCUUCACUAAACUUUGCUCAGCUUCCACCCCUAUAGAGGUCGUGAACCUCCUCAACAAACUCUACUCGGAAUUCGACACUGUAAUUUCAAAGCAUGACUGCUAUAAGGUUGAGACAAUUGGAGACGCCUAUAUGGUUGUUUCUGGAAUUCCCAUUGAAAAUGGGCAGCGCCACGUGGCAAACAUCUCAGCGGUCACCUUGGGAAUUAUGGACCUACUGAAGGUGUUUGAGGUGCCACACCGAAGAGAUUAUCGUCUGACGAUUCGAUUGGGAUUCGCGUCAGGACAAGUUUCGGCGGCAGUUGUUGGGUUGAGCUCUCCGAGAUAUUGUCUAUUUGGGGAAACCGUUAACAUUGCGGCGGUCAUGGAAUCUUCUGGGGAAGGCGGCCGAGUUCAGAUAACAGAAACGUCGAAGAUACUUCUGGAGAACGAGUAUCCAGAGUUUAUUAUAGAGAUCCGUGGAAUUAAUAAGGAUGUCAAACAAGACGACUUUGUCACAUACUGGCUCACUGGGAAAGAUGAGGAUUACUUCAAAAAGAAGAACAACACUUUUGAUUUUUAAAUUUUUUUUAUUUUU